AUGGACUCGAAUUUGGCUGGUUUCCUUGGUAGAGUUCUCAGUUUCAAAGAUAACACCGAUAUGAACUACUAUUUGCUUCAAUUCGUGUCGUUGACAAUUGCUCCCGCAUUCAUUAUGGCGGGGAUAUACUUUUUAUUUGCACAAUGUGUAGUGAUUCAUGGUCGACAAUUUUCCGUUUUGAAACCCAUGUGGUACUCCUACUUUUUUAUUGGUUGCGAUGUGCUUUCGUUGGUGAUUCAAGCGGGAGGUGGUGCUGCUGCUUCCAUUGCUACCAACAGACAUGAUGACACUAAACCUGGUACCAAUACUAUGAUUGCUGGUAUCGUAUUCCAAGUUGUUGCUAUGACUGUUUUCCUUACGUUUUGGUUUGAGUUUUUAAGAAGACUUUACUUUAAAAAGUCUAACGUGGAUAGCCUUCCCGCUGAUUAUAAGGAGCACCCACUUGCAAAGCCAUCGGUUGGCCACUUUUUCAAAUUACUUUUCCAUGGAAAGUCGGCAAGAGAGUACAAAUCGUUGUACAGAGAACCAGUGUACAACCCAAAGUUCGAAUCCAUUCGUUCGCGUAAACUUAUGCCAUACAUGCCAUUGGGUCUUACCAUUGCAGUCAUUGCCGUGUACAUUCGUUGUAUUUAUCGUGUGGUUGAAUUAGCCCAAGGAUUCAGUGGAUACCUUAUUACUCACGAGGUGUACUUGAUGACAUUAGAUGCUCUAAUGAUUGCAAUUUGUGGUCUCAUAUUUGUCCCAUUGCAUCCAGUUUGGUCUUAUGGUACCACCAAUCUUAUCAAGGUCAAGGUUAUCAAGGCCAACAAAGACGAAGAAGAUUUUAGCAAUGAAGGUGAUAGCUCUGAACGCGAGAAGCUGUCGGUUGACGACCAGCUUACGGAGCAGAACACAGAUGAGAAGGUGCGUGCUAAUGGCAAUACAAACCCGAAUCAUGAAAGAGGACCGGCUUCUCAAUCAGGCGAAUCGGGGUCUAUUACUCCUUAUUAA